GACCCCAAGCGACAACUCGAACAGAUCGUUACUAUAGUAGUCUAUCCUUUGAGAUUGUUCCCGUCAUUGUUGUUCCAGUUUGUUUGUAUUGUUGUCGUACUAGUACAUAGUAUGUCGAGUAGCACUACUACCGGUACUACCAGUACUAAUAGUGUGUGGAAUGAUGUUGGUGCUGACUUUGAAAUCCCAGAGGCGCUGGAAUCGAUGUGCCGUUUGGAAGAAUUGGGUUGGAACGCCUCGUUUUGGGAGAAAGCGUUGUGGGGGUAUCGUCAAUUCAUGAAACUCAAGUUGCAAGAGCAAGAUUGGAGUGGCACCAAGCUUGUGCCUCCUUGGGCGGUGGAUCAGGUGUGGCGUCAGCAUUUGCUCUUUCCCGUGCUGUACGCGCAAGCUUGCAAGAACUACAGCUUUGGUCGUGUCAUGGACUACGACUCCUCAAGCAGUAGUAGAGAACGAGAAAGCAACACGCUACGGAAGUGCACGGCUCUGUUUGGUCCCGACAAUGUAGAUCUGGAUAUCUGGUCUUUCCCAAACUGUUCUACUACUGGUACUACAUGUAGUACUACAGGUCGUAAGAGAAAACGGUGUGAUCAAGCUGAGACCGACAAUAAUGACGAGGAUGACAACGAAACCGUUUCGUUUGAGAUUCAAUACUGUAGACUUGAACAAGUUCCCUCCAUGACAUUCUACAAGGUACCCCAAGACAGCACUCCUUUUUUGCACGCGUUUGCUGCCUUUCGACGAACCGUGGCUUUCGCGGGGCCGCACAUUAUUAGUAGUAGUACUGGUAGUGCCUUGCAACCACUGGAGUUCUACUAUCAAGACAAACUCAUCAUCCACGAUGGCAACCAAACUCCUCGUCAAAUCGGUAUGCAUCCCAUGAUGGACCAAGAAGUACACACCAUCGUAGCAAAGAAGCCUCUUUCAGCAGAAGACAACGACACGAGCAGCCAACAGCAGCAGGUGGAUAUAUAACGGUAAUACAGAGGAUCCAAAAAAUUCCAAAGUCGAUUCCAAAACACAUUGCAGGCAGCACUCCAGCCACUGGGUGCAUGGGCAGACUUUCACGGAGUUAAUUAAAAUGGGAUUGUGAAGCCAACAUCGGGCGUCGUUUCAACAGUGAGGGACUCUUGUGCCGAGGGACAGCCAUAGAUCUUCUUCUAAAGUUAGGCAUGGUUGAGAAUCAUAUGGACACGGAUCAAAACAGACAGCAAAAACGACACGCAUGAAUAUCGGCUGCCUCUCUAGCUUGCUGGGUUCGUAUAUAAUAGAUAGCUACAUAUGUUGGUACUAUUAUAGUAAAAUGAAAGUCGUGACGUCC